GCCUGUCCACUAUUUUCUUUUCUUGUCCUCUUCCUGCCUAUGCUUCCUCGCCGCUGCUGCCUGGCACCAGAUUGCCGCGUCCAUGGAGCUCGUCAAGGAUCUCGCCGGCAUCUGGGGCCCCGGCGAUGGCCUGAACCUGUCGACAGCGUUGCUGCUCUCCGCGCUACGUGCCGAGCUCGACCUAGCGCGCGCCCACGCGCGGCAGCUCACCAAGGAGGACCGGAAUACUUGGGCUUGCCGCGGAGUCCACGGCCGAUUUGGGCGCGCGCGGUCCAGCUGGCACUCGUACACGCUUGGGACGGCCGAUUCGACCAAGCGCUCGCCGAUGUCGCGCGGCUGGUCGCGGACAGACCUGGCGACCCCGACCCGCGGAUCACCGGCGCCGAGCUGUGCUUCCUGCACGGCCGGAAUGGGACUGCGACCGAGUGGCUCAACAGCCUCCCUAAGGACGCCGACGGAUGGAGGCUGGCAUUCGAGGUCGUGUUCGCCAUGCCCGGGUCCUCGCCGCCGUCGACAGGAUGGUCAUGAUUGUAGCGACCAAGUUCGCCGAGGCAGUGCUCGUCAUGAAUUUUGAGGAAGGUGUGUGGCCCGUCAUGGACAAGCUCGCCAUUUCGUUGCUGCUCACCGUGCUACGCCGCUUCGUGUCCAAGUACUGCCGCUUCCGUACGAGUGCUUUUGGUCGAUGCCGCCGCCUCCUCCUCCGUACCAGCAGUUGGUGAUCCCCGUGGAAUGCUCCCAAGCGAUGCUCGCCUCGCUGCUCCGAGCGCGGCCGCUCUGCGGCGAGCGACUCCGAGAGGCGCGCGCCACCGCCGAGCACGCCCUUGCCGACGCCAAGGCGGAGGGCGACGACCUCGCGGCGGUCGACGUCAACCUCGUCCUCACCUUCCUCGCCGCCCGAGAUGGGGACCUCGACGACGCACUACGGCGGUACAAGGCGGCCGUGCAGAAAGACCCGUCGGAUUCUCGGCCGUACGAGCUGGUGGUUGCGGCGGCGCUCGGCUCCGGGACGCUGACGACCCUCGGCCUCGAGCGUGGGGGACGAGGGCGCCUCGUCUUGGUUGCCCCGUGGAGGGAGGUGGACGCAAGGCUCACGGCGGCGGUGCUGGACGACGACCUCGACCUGACAUUGCCAGAGCGCGUGCAGCUCCGCCUGCUGCAUCAUCGUCGACCCGAUGGAUUGUGGCGAAGCAGCACAGGGGUAGGAUAGUACUCUCUCCAAUUCCUCUAAAAAUAAUAAAUUAAUAUCACGAGUGUCCAAGAGCUAAUUACCAGUAUUUUGUGGUGCCCGACAGCAAAUUCGCGUUUUUGCGGUGUCCACCGG